AUGACUGGACCCUCAGGGAGGUACUACUUGAUAACUGAUGACGAAGGUGUGAAGACUCUUCAGGGCUUGUUUUCUAAAGACUUCAAGGUGAUUAAUUUCUUUGCUGUUGAUGAGUCUGACUUAAAGGUAUUUGCUCAAAAUAUUACUCAUCAUACAGAGACAUAUUCUAUAGACAUUGAUGUAGCUUCUGAAUGUGAACAUAGUCUUGGGGGAAGUGACUUUGAUGAAUCUGAUUGUUUUGAAGAUGAUUCUAUAGAACUUGAUGGUAUUGUCAAAGAAAAGAAGAUGGUUGUAACUGAUAAUUUGGAACGUUUUAAAGAGUUAGAGGUAGGUAUGACAUUUAAGGAUAUUGUAGAAGCUAGAAGGGCAGUAAACUUCUGUGCAAUGAAUAUACUUCCUGAAGCUCAUCAUAGGUAUUAUGUAAGACAUAUUGAGGCAAAUUGCCAGAAGAAGUGGAGAAGUGGACAUAUGAAGAAGUUGUUGUGGUGGUGUGCUUGGAGCACUUAUGAAGAAGAUUUCAAAGAUCAACUAAAAAAGAUGGGAGAGCUAUGUGAGGAUGAAGAUGCUUCUUUUGCCAAAGAUCUCCUGCAUUAUCCUCCACAGUCUUGGUGUAGAGCAUAUUUUGACACUCAAUGUAAAAACAUGAUGGUCGACAAUAAUUUCACCGAGUCGUUUAAUGCAUGGAUUCUUGAAGCUAGAUAUAUGCCAAUUAUCAAGAUGCUCGAGGAGAUUAUAAUAAAGGUUAUGAAUCUGUUGGCUAUCAAUGAAGAUAAAAUCAGAAAAUGGAAUGGUGACUAUAAUCCAAGUGCUUUGAUGCUUUACAAUGACUAUAGGGCAAUUGCUCAUUAUUGCAAGGUUGAAUUUAAUGGUGACUUUGGAUAUGAAAUCACACAAGGUGAUGAUAGACAUACUUUGGAUCUUGAACAUAAAAAAUGCACUUGUAGAUUAUGGCAACUUUCUGGGAUCCGUUGCCCCCAUGCUAUCAAAGCUAUAAUAUAUGAUAGGGGUGAUCCUAAGGAGCAAAUACACUGGUACUAUAGCAAAGAAGCAUAAUCCUUGACUUACAAGCACAAGUUUCAACCAGUUAGGGGUAUAAAAUUCUGGAAAAUUGAUCCUAGCCAAGCAAUGGAUCCACCUGAAAUUGCCAAGACUGUGGACAGACCCAAGGUAAAGAAAAAUAGGGAACCUGAUAAAGCAAGCAAGAGGAAGGGGGAGUGGAGUUAUUCAAGGAAAGGAACAGUGAUGACAUGCAAUAAAUGUGGUGGAGAGAACCACAAUUCUAGGACUUGUUUCAAGAGCAAAGAUGGUGAAGAGGGUGCAACAACGACUCUUAGUACUGAAGAUGAUUGGUUGGGAUUUGAAUUUGAAACUGAAGCACAAACAUAACAAUCUGAUUACUCUUCUCAAGUCACAACACAACAAUCACAAGCCUAUGAUCCAAAUAUUGGCGAUGAGGAAGAUCCACCGUUGAGGCCACAAAUCUUCUCUGAGUCACAAUCAAUACUUAAGGAAAGAAGGCUGAAAGCAAGACUACCAACUAGGAGUAGAAGGAUUCAAUUUAUUUGGGGUGAAAAUGGAGUCUCUAUGCCGACAAACUUGCCUUACUCACCAACUAAGGCAACCUGGAAGAGGAAAGCUGCAGUUACACUUAGCCAGCUCCAAGCUGAAGUAAGAAAAAAGAAAAAGAAGAUGAAGCCAAAUGGGGAAGGAGUCCUUGUACCAAAUGCUGAAAUUUAGCAAAAGUUGGCUAGUUAUUUUUGUAAAAAACUUAAGUAACUUAGUUUAUGGAUGACUAUUAUGCACAAAACUAUUGAUUUUUUGGUGAAUGUUAUCUUGGUUUAAUUGGUUAUUCAGCAGUGUUGCUGUUGAUGUUAGCAUAAUACUAUAUGUUAACUGGUUAUUUUUGUGAAUGUUUA